CAAGAAACCCUCCAAAACCAAAGCCAUCCUGCUCCAGCCCCCUCCACAUACCCAAAUAUACCUGCUCUGCUGCAGCAAGUGGCAGGCUGGGCAAUGCCACAUCUCUGCAAUGAGGCCCAGUAUUGUCUGGGAGACCUGCAUGUGCUGUGCCAAGGGAGACCUGAAUCACCAUCACCAGAGCACAGCAACAGAUUGGAGAGGGGAGUAUUGUUUUCUUCAUUUUACACAGAGUGGGCCGAGACACAGAAACAUGUUGGAUGUUGUCUUCGAUUAAAGACUGGUGGUUAUACACAGAAAUAGUUGCUGAUUUCAAAAUUCAACGAAGUAUUGAUUAUAUUGCCAAAGGAAUAAAGGAUCCCUAGUCACAUCAAAAGUGUAUUAUAAUUUUUUUAUCUCUUGAUUUAUUUUCUUUUACUUGGAAGGUUUCUGUUAUCCAGCUUGAGAUGACAGAGGUGACUCAGGACACAUUAUGGGCCAGGGGCUGUGAAGGAUGAGCAGCCUAAUGACCCACAAAAACUUGACUUGAAGAUUAUUUACCCAAAUUUCUCUCAUUUUCUAUCACAAACAGACCGGAAAAAACCUAAUAGAAUCAAUUCACUAACCAAAGGAGGGCUAAAGCAAUAAUAAACUCAACUCCAGUAUGAUUUACUUUUACAAUAUAGAUGUAGUAUAUAGGUACUAAUGUGAGUUUUGGAUAACUUACCUGAAUUGCAUCUCCAAAUCUUUUUGAUAAUUGCUUUGCUACUAAAAUCACUGUAUUGCUUAUUUAGGUGUCAUACAAUGAGAAAAAGAGAAGAUACUAAAGUACUAGAAGAGAGGAUACUAAAGUUCUUACUGUAAUUGCAAAUCUCACCAGUGACUCAGAUUUUAUAAACCUUAAAAUGAGUUUCAUUUCUGUAUAAUAGAAAUUAAUUUAUAAAUGGAUGGCAGUAAGCAUACCUAUACAAUUCUUAGAUGAUAUGGUGUUUAUUCCCCUCAGGUGCUGCUGGCUGAGCUGUGGGGAUGAGUCUGUCAGUCCAGAACCACCUCCUGCCCUGCAACAGCCAUGGAUGCUCCUUGGAAUCACAGCAUGGAGAGAAAACCAGGAGACAGGCCAUCUGCUGUGCUGGCCAAUGCUAGCUCCAACAGAAGGCUGGGUGGCUGCAGACACAGCCUGGAUGAUGGCAGCCACAUGCAGGGAGCUUCACCUGCUGCCUCUUGUCAGGCCUCGGGCAGCAACUCUCAGCGCGGUAGCAACUGAAUGGAAAGUGCUGCUUCUCCCUACGAACCUCCUGCCCUUGGGUAAGGGUGGCUAUUGACUAUUUCUGCCCCUGCUCCGCUAAGGGCAGUUCUAAGAAACCCUUGGCGAGAAACCUCCUCCGCUCCUGUCCCUCUCCCGGCUCCUGCCCUCCGGAGGCUCGGCCCCGCUCAUCCCGGCCGUGCCAGGCGGUGCCCGGCCGGGGCUGGCCGCACCACGUCCCGCCGGGCAGCGGGAACCGGGACCGGGACCUGCGGUGCGAGCUGUGGUCGUGCCGGCGAUGCCGCGGCCCCGGGACGCUCCUCGGCAGCACUCGGAACUCCCGACACAGCCGCAGCUGCGGGGAACGCGCCUCUGCUGCGGAGAACAGCCGGAAAACAGCCGAGCCCGAGGGGGGCGCGGAGGGGACCCGGCACCGCUCGGCGCCGCUGCGAGCGCCGGCGGCGCCGCCGUGCCAGCGCCCACCGGGCACCAGCGGGCACCAGCGGGCGUCACCGGGUGCCACCGAGUGUCACCGGUGUCACCGAGCGCCACCGGGCACCACCGGGCGUCACCGGGCGCCACCGCCGCGGGCGAGCGCGGCGGGGCCGGGCCUGGUCGGGCCGCCGCCCCCCGGGCCGGCAGCGGGCGGCGCGGCGGGACCGGCGGCAGCGGCAGGAUGUAUGGAUUUAUAAACACGUGCCUGAAGUCUUUGGUGGUUGAAAAGUAUGGUGAAGAGACAUGGGAGAAAUUGAGGCUGCAGGCUGGAGUCCAGGAUUCUUUCUUGACUUUUGAGGUUUACAAAGAUGAGAUCACAAUGCAGCUUGUCGACAAAGCCUGCAAAGUAUUAGGUGUUCCUGCUGACAUUGUUCUGAGGGAGUUUGGAAAGUAUUUCUUUGAAUUCUGUAAGCGCUCAGGCUACGACCACAUGCUGAGGACACUGGGUGGAAAUCUCUAUGAGUUCAUAGAGAACCUGGAUGCCUUGCACAGCUACCUGUCCCUUUCUUACCAGGAGAUGAAUGCACCAUCUUUUAGAGUAGAAAAGAAUGAAGAUGGGUCAAUGCAUUUACAUUACUAUUCAGACAGAAGAGGUCUGUGCCAUAUUGUGCCAGGAAUCAUCGGUGCAGCAGCCCUGGAUUUUUUUAACAUUGAGAUUUCAAUGAAAAUAGUCAAUCAAACAGAAGAAGAAGAAAGAACUGGGAAAAAAGAACAUAUUGUUUUUCUUGUCACUCAAACCCCUCUAUUUCCAUGCAAGGAAAGAAAAGAAUUUUCUUCCUCACCUCAGUGUAUUGCUGACUCUGAAAAACAAAUUGAGAACCAAUUGAAUAAAGAGGACCUUGAAAAAGCCAAGAGUGCAAGUGGAGACAGAGGAAACUCUGUUUGUCCUGUUAAGAAAAGUCACUGGAAAACAUUAAGAGGAAUAAUCACAUUAGGAAAAGGUAAGCUCCUGAGAGGAUUUGAUCCUGUUUAUCCCAAGAGCCUCUGGAUCGACACAAAAACAUUUUGCAAUGGACUUCCUUUUCAUAUGGUUUUUGACAAAGAGCUCAAAGUGAAGCAAGCUGGGGUGAGCAUUCAAAAAAUUGUACCUGGCCUUCAGACCAUGGGCAUCAGCUUGGAUCAGUACUUCAGGAUCGUUCACCCAGAAGUUCCCUUCACCAUCUCCAGCAUUCAGAAAUUCAUCAACAGCCAGUUUGUUUUCCAGACUAGAAGAGAGAUGAUGCCUGAGUCAUGGAGAGAGCGGCCAAUGCUGGAGCUAAGAGGGCAGAUGAUGUGGAUGGAGUCCCUGCAGUGCAUGCUGUACCUGUGCUCGCCUCUGCUGCGCUCCCUGCACGAGCUGGAGGAGCGGCAGAUGCACAUCGCCGACAUCGCCCCGCACGACGUCACCAGGGACCUCAUCCUGCUCAACCAGCAGCGCCUGGCAGAGAUGGAGCUCUCCAACCAGCUGGAGAGGAAGAAGGAGGAGCUGCGGGUCCUGUCCAAGCACCUGGAGGAGGAGAAGAAGAAGACCGAGGCUCUGCUCUACGCCAUGCUCCCCCAGCACGUGGCCAACCAGCUGAAAGAGGGGAAGCGAGUUGAGGCAGGAGAGUUCAAGGAGUGCACCAUCCUCUUCAGUGAUGUGGUGACCUUCACCAACAUUUGUGCCCAGUGUGAGCCUAUUCAGAUAGUUCUCAUGUUAAAUUCAAUGUACCUGAGAUUUGACAGACUCACCACAGUGCAUGAUGUGUACAAGGUGGAGACGAUUGGAGAUGCCUACAUGGUGGUGGGUGGGGUCCCUGUGCCUGUGCCCACUCACGCAGAGCGAGUUGCUAAUUUUGCCUUGGGCAUGAUCAUGGCAGCCAAAGGAGUACAGAACCCAGUUUCUGGAAACCCUAUCCAAAUUCGAGUUGGGAUCCACACAGGUCCUGUCUUGGCGGGGGUUGUUGGAGAGAAGAUGCCUCGGUACUGCCUGUUUGGGGACACGGUGAACAUCGCCUCCCGCAUGGAGAGCCACGGCGUCCCCAGCAGGAUCCACCUCAGCUCCAGUGCCUACCAGUGCCUAAAAUAUAAGAAUUUUGAGAUUACUGAAAGAGGAGAAAUAGAAGUAAAAGGCAAGGGGAAAAUGCACACAUACUUCCUCAUUAGAAAUAAGUCUGCAACGGAGAAUGAGAUUAUGGGAAAGCCAAUGAAAGAUUUAGAUUCUGGCCAUGAAUCUGUUCAGUCCUUUCCAGAAGGCAAGAUUGAAACCAUACCAAGUUCUCAUCAGCCAGCUACUCAGACUCAGCAAAAGAAGGACCAGACCCCAGCUAUUGCAAUGAAGUAUGUUGAUGGUCCCACAGAUGCACAAAACAGCCUCAAAAGAAGAAAUCAGAUGAAAGCUGGAGAUUUAACAGACCAAACUUGUGAUUCCAAAAGCGAUGGGAGUCCCCAUGGCAACCAGCAUGCAGAUGAGGGUCCUCGUCCUCCAAACCAGGGAAGAGUCAAACCUGCUGCUGAACAGCCACAGAACAGAAAUGUUCGCUCUAAUUUUUGCACUUUACUCUAAGUUUCUU